ACAGGUGACCCAACGCAGCCAGCUCCAGGAUGAGACCACCUAUAGCUCCCCAACAGGGGAGUCGGACACGCUGGUGGAUGCCUCCAUGAAGACCACGCCGACCUCAGUGCCAGGCCUGUCCCAGACAGAUGAGCACUCCAACUGGUCAGGGAGCCAGACCACGGUUUUGGAGAAGGACCCAGAGGCUGGCCCCAUGGUGAGGGGACCCUACCUGCACCCCAGCAUUCCAAGCAACCUCCCCCAUGGUGGGUACCGGAGGGAUGAUGCCAACAGCAGCAGCAAAACCAGCACAGAUACCCUCCACCCACCAGCACAGAAGCCUCCUCUCCAGCGCCCAGUGUCCCCCAGAGCAGGGCAGUGCCCCGUCCAGCCGCCUGGGGCUGGCCGUGGCCCCACCCCACCUGUGGCUCCCCGCAGGAAGCUGCUGAUGCCCCCUGAGUUCCAAGAUGCGGCAUCCGAGGAACUGGACGAGAAGCUGAAGCGCCCCAAGUCAUCUGGCUACUCUCAGGCUUGCACAGGAGAGUCCCGGCCCCAGACGCCGCUGAGCGAGGCCUCCAGCCGCGUCUCCGUCCUCCGCCCAUCGCCCAAGCUGCCGCGGACGGGCUCCAAAAUCUUUGACAAGCUGAAGUUCUUUGAGGAGCGGCGCAAAAGCCUGGAGCAGAACGAGAACCCUUUUGUGGGGCACACAUGGCUGCCGCUACGCAAGACGCGCUCUUUUGACCAGCCCGGCUUCGACGAUGCCAGCCCCUUCCUCUCGGCCGUCUCCCACGAGGACCUGCAAGAGGACACCCGCUCCGAGCUGGGCGGCGUGGCGUUCCGGCGCCGGGCCUUCCACCAGAAGGCGGCCUCCUUGGAUGAGCGCGGCCGCUUCUCCAGCCGCGUGCACGACAUGGAGCACAAGUUCACGGAGGAGCUGGGCCGCAUCAAGCGCACCGUGUCUCAGCAGCAGCUGCGGCGGUCGCAAGAGCUCUUCAGGUCACCGUCGCCACGUUCCUCCGCUGAGCCAUCUGCUCCCAGGGUCCCGCCACCACGGAAACUCAAGCCCCUCAAGGCUUUGCCCCUGGCAGAGAAUGCCCACGGCGUGCAGCAGCUGGUGUUGUCCAGCGUGGUCCUGGUGGGGCCCAGGGACGAGACCAAGGGGACGCAAAAGCCUCUGGCGAGGAGCGUGGCCACAGCUGAGCAGGUGGCAGAGCCCAGCAGGGGUCAGAAGGAAAGCGAGCUGAAUGGGCAGGAUCUGCGGAGGAAGGUGGAGCAGUGCCCGCUGACUCUGGCGGCCCCCUUGGGAAGGAGAGACCUCCUGCAGGCUGGGCAUCCAGAGAGCAAUGACUGCAUGGAUGGAGGGUCUGUGAACGCGGCGAAAGGGAGCCAUGAGCCCAAGGGUCCAAGUGCAGCCUCACAUGCCCGGAAACGGGAAUCUGGCCAGAAUGGACAUUCCCUGCCCUGGGCCAAGACAGAACCAGGAGCAGAUAGAAGCAGGGCAGGGACCCACGGUGCAAACAGAGAGUUGGAAAGAAAGACUGGGAAAGUGGCAGAGAAAAAGGACAACGCAUUGCAGCCUCAGGAAGGGAAGAGCACUCGGAGCAGAGGCAAAGGGCGCCGGACGCGGCGAACGUCGCCUGAAUCAGAAUCUUCUGAUGAUUCCUACAUCUCGGCGGGUGAGGACCCACUGGAACGCCCCAUCUUUGAGAUCCCUAUCCAGGAUGUAACAGUCGUAGCUGGAACAGAAGUGCUGUUCAAAUGCAUCAUCACAGGCAACCCUUCCCCAGAAGUGUCAUGGCGAAAGGAUGGCGUCCCCUUUCGGAGCAGUACCACUCGCCCUAUCAAAGCAGAGGGGGAACGCCACACCCUGCUGGUCAGGAGUGCCCGUGCGGCUGAUGCCGGCCUCUACACAGUUUGUGCCACCAAUGAAGUGGGCGAGGCCUGCUGCAGUGCCAUCUUGACUGUGCGGCCAGCUCCCGCAGAGUCCCACAGCCGAUUGGUACCCCAUCACGAGCUCAGCAGCCCUGUCACAUCAGAUGAAGAGUACCUGAGCCCCUUGGAAGAGUUCCCUGAGUCUGGCACCCCGCGGCACCACCCUGUCAUGAAAGUGCAACCCCGAUCUGAGAUUGGCCCACCCCCGGUGCAUGUGGGCAUCAACUUCAAGGCUGCCCCAUCCUUUGAGGUGACACUGAGUGACCAGGAAGUACUGGAGGGGCAGGAUGUGGUCCUGCGCAUUCGGGUACAGGGAGAGCCAAAGCCCAUUGUGCACUGGUUGAAGAACAGGCAUCCAAUAAAGUAUGGGCGGCGCAUUUCUGCUGUGGAGGAGGACGAUGGAUCUUUCUGCCUACAUAUCCGCAUGGUGGAGUGCACUGAUGCUGGCUAUUAUGCCUGCAAGGUCAAUGAGUAUGGCACCAAGCAGUGUGAGGCCAAGCUUGAUGUACAAG